CUCGGUACGAACGAUGUCUGAUCCUAUAUCUUCUCUUGGGAACUUCCAAUCGCUAUCAAAGGGCUCACUUAUCAGUAACUUGAAUGAACUAGGCACCCAAUUAAGAGAUGCAAAUGUGCGUUCGUCAGCUUAUCAAUUCAUUCCAACUUUGAUCCAAAUCACUAAUGAAUCUUAUAAAAAUUUCAAAGAAACUAAUGAUCCAGCUAUUUUGUUAGAAGCAUUCAGGGUAUUCGUGAACUUAACUGCUGAUAACGACUCGAAUCGUGAUUUUCUAGCCACUCUUCAGACCGAUGACUUGUCUAAGUUUUGGCAAAAUAUAGUUGGAUCGUUCGAUCUGGUGGUUGAUGAUCUGUUGUGUCAACGUAUAAUGCUUUUCUUACCUCAAUUUAUCCACUCUACUGAAAAGCUGGAUGAAUUUUUGAAAUUCUUCGGUCAUAUUGGAUUAACCAAUGGUCUAAUCAAUUACCUCAACUACUCAAACGAUCAACAGUUUGAAGAUAUAGAAGAUAUGUAUGAUCAUUUUAUUAGCAUUUUGGAAGUCUUAUCAAAUGCUUCCUCGGUUAUAAAACCUAAUGAAUUUUAUGGGAAAGAUCAAGAGUUGGCUCAACUACUUAUAAUUUUACAGACUUGCUCCAAACUACUUCAACCGUUCAACCAUCCAGAACAGGAGGCUCCGGAGGCGUUUGGAGAGGUGUUAGAUUAUCUUUCAAAACUCUGUUAUAACAUCACUUUACUCGAUGACUCUCAAGCCUUCAGAGAUUCUAAUGUUCACGAAAUAUUACUCAAUUUAUUGCAGUUAUUACCUAAAGAUGGUGCUGAAAAUAUCACUACAAUUAAAAGAAGAUUUUUUUCAACCAGUGGUAAUAUAACUUCUAUGCCCAGUUAUAAUAACGAAAAAGAUAUUCGCUUAAACUUAUCAAUAAUAUUAUCAACUUAUGAUAAAUUUGAAUCUUCUAAAUCGGAUUCAUAUACUGCAUCAGCUGCGGCCAUAGGAUUGGGUAACUUCAUUAUAAGUAAAGAAAAUCAAACAGUGGUUCUAAACUCUAUCACUGACUUAACUGAGUUUUUAAUCCUGUUCUUCAAUAUCGGAUUCAUCGAUUUAAUUCAGUAUCAGGCAUUACACUUAUUAUCGAACUUAACUAACGAUAGAGUCUCGUAUAUUAUCUUGACAAAUCUGACAAUUCAUGAGAGGUUAUUACAAUUUACUAAAGUCAUCAUAGAUAAUUCAAAAUAUUAUAAAGAGGUGAGCCAAAUAUAUUUCAAGUUUCUCAAGAAACUAAUCAGGUGGGGGUUCAUUGAAUCUUCUACACAAGGACAGCUUAACAUAUAUGACUUUGUUGCAAUUUGGCAAUACCUCAACAACAACGAAACUAAAUCUGAGGUUUCAGAGAUUUAUUUCCUUUUGUUGCAAGGGCUUUUGAAAGACAUCUCUCUUUUCAAAGAUUCAAAUUUGACAAGAGACAACUACAGUUUCUUUGGCGAACUCUUAAGAAAUGCAAUCACCGAUACAAAUGCUAAUUCAAAUGUCUCGAUAACUUUUAUUCUAGAAAAAUUGAAAACUAUUGGAAUCGCUCUACAAAAUUUCAUCAAAAAUAACGUGACUCCAGAUGUCUUGAUCGCACUCAUCUUUAACCAAGAUUCAGAACUUUUCCAAACUAACUUCUUGCAACCUUUAACUAGAUUUUUCACCAAUCUAAGUGACUUCUUGAAAUCACAAAACUUCGAUGAUUUCCAAUCAAAAGCAUUACUAAACAAUUCAAAAUUCGUGGCUGCCACGUCGAUCACCUUCCUUGAACCAUUCUCAAACUCCUCAGACUCUUUAGAAGUGUGCAAAACCAUUGUAAGUAUAGACUAAGCAGUAUAUAGAUUCAAUAUAAAAACUUGC